CGAACCCCGGAAGCGAGGUUUGCCGCGGCGAAGUCCCCUCUCUAAGAUCUUGAUGAAUAAAAUAAAGCAGAUAUAAUUCACCUCUAAAAAUAUUAUUUGUUCUCUGGUAUUUGAAAUGCAUUGUGUUUAGAAUAGUAGUAAAAAUGGAGAAAGAGAAAGUAAAUGAUGGACAACCAGAUCCAGAGAAUUCCUUGGACUUUUCUGAACAGUUUAACCAACUUGAGUUGUUGGAAACACAUGGACACCUUAUCCCCACUGGUACCGAAAGCCUCUGGGUAGGGAAUUCUGAUGAAGAUGAGGAACAAGAUGAAAAGCCUGAAGAGUGGUAUCAAUUGCAAGAAAAAAAAAUGGAAAAAGAUCCAAGCAAAUUGCUUCUUUGGGCUGCUGAAAAAAAUCGGCUUACUACAGUACAGAGACUACUUUCUGAAAAGGCCACUCAGGUGAACACUAGAGAUGAAGAUGAGUAUACCCCUCUUCAUCGAGCAGCCUACGGUGGACACUUAGAUGUUGUCCGUGAGCUAAUUGCACAAGGAGCAGACGUUCACGCGGUGACUGUGGAUGGCUGGACACCCCUGCACAGUGCUUGUAAGUGGAAUAAUACUAGAGUAGCUUCUUUCUUGCUUCAGCAUGAUGCAGAUAUCAAUGCCCAAACAAAAGGCCUGUUGACCCCCUUACAUCUUGCUGCUGGGAACAGAGACAGCAAAGAUACCCUAGAACUUCUCCUGAUGAACCGCUACAUCAAACCAGGUCUGAAAAACAACUUGGAAGAAACUGCAUUUGAUAUCGCCAGGAGGACAAGUAUCUAUCACUACCUCUUUGAAAUUGUGGAAGGCUGCACAAAUUCUUCACCUCAGUCUUAAUGGUUCUAAUCGUUCUCUUAAGUUUCUAAGUACUGGUGCCUCCUUUCUGUCAAAACUUCCCAUAAUACAAAGUUGACAUCAAGUCUUACUACAAAAAUUCAGUGGUAGUCGGUAUCCUUCCAAGUGAAUUGCCUGACCUUGAUGUCAAAAUGUAUUUGAAAGUUGUUUGGAUGUAUCUUUAAUGAUUUCUGUGGAGUGUGGUUUUUAUCAGAAAAAACUUUAACUUACCUAUACUUAAAAAUUUGUCAUGGGUUGUACAGAAAACUAAUGAUAUUUUUGGUGCUGAUCCAAGAAAAAUAUAUUUUUAAAUAUCCCCCAUUCUGAAUUUUUGUUCAGUAUUUAGAAUAUUGGCAUGUAUUUUUAUAAGGUAAGGUAACUCAGAAUUCAAUUUAAAAGUCUUAAAUAUACUGGUGCAGUUCAACUGUCAUCUCUGUUACCACAGCCAUUUACUUUCAUUUUAAACUGUAAGAAUUAACAUAGUAUAGUGACUUGAAUCUUCAUACGUUAAGAAAAUUAAGAACCUAGAUCUUUGUCCUUUAGAACCUAGACCAUUUUCAGGAAACUAGUUAGCUGGGUGUUUAAUCCAUGGAUGUUAUAUACUGCCUCCCCUACCACAAUUCACAUAGUCCUGAGGACAGUCCUACCUCACCCUGGUCCACCUACAGAAUUCCUAUUCUAGUGCUGAGUCAGCAUGACUUUUAGACAUGCCCACAAUUAUAGCUUGGUCUAAGAGAUCAUAAUAUAUCUGCUACCUGGCUGGUUUUACCUGCCUAAUCCUGCUGAUUUGAGCACUGCUCAUAUAGCCUCUCAAGUUCACAGGAAGUAUUGAUUUUCCAGGGUCCUAAUUUUAUGCAAACAAUAUAAAGGCCAAGUGACAAAUGAGUAAGGGGUUAAUUAUUAUAUUGGGGCUAGAACCAUACAGUGGCUCAGGUUUUUUAAAAAAGCCAGUGUGGAUAGUGACAAAAGCAUAAAUAUAAAUAUUCAAAAAAAGAAAAGUUUUGAAUAACAAAAUAAGGCAUGAAUUCUUCCAUGGGAUGAUGAUGCUCACUCCACUGAGCCACACCAGCCAGGCUGUUUUUUGAGGGUUCUUUUUAAUCUUAAAUACGAUUCUCUAGAGAGCUUUCUGGCCCACAACCUACUAUAGUGAUGGAAUUUAGAGUCUUUAUUUUAUGGAUGUGAAAGCAUUCAUUUAUUUCUAUUCAUUGGCAUCUAUUACUGCAUCCACCACUGUGCUAGAACAUCGUGAUAAAAAGAGGCCCAAAGAAGUAACACUUGCUCUGAUUCUGUCCCUAUCAAAAUGAAACCUCUAUAUCAGUUCUUAAUGAACACAUACCAUCAUCACUCUGCCUGAAAUGGCCCUAGGAAUGGAUGACACUGGGAGGUAUAAGAUAUGAUCACAAAGUCACUGAUUAUGCCUUUACUAUAAUUAGUUUAUCAUGGGAUGCUCUAGUCCCUCUGUAAGAUCACUAGGUGACCAUUCAACUGUGCAAUAUCAAGUGCUUUCUCUAAAGGGAAUUUAAGAUCUCUGUUUAUUAAGUUUAGAAAACAGUAAAUUAAGAAAGAUUGAGUAACUGUUGAUUAUGUAAAUUCCUGAAAGUUUCCCUUUGAAAUCCUAAAAUUUUACUUCUGGGAACCUAAGUAGAAAUGAUCUAAGUCAGAGUUAUCACAAAGAUAAAAACCACACAUAAAAUUUUUAGUGUUUGUCUAGUAGCUGCAUUAAAACAAAAACAGGUGAAAUUAAUUUUAAUAAUACAUAUUAUUUAAUAAAUCCAAACUAUUCAUUUC